AUGGCCGGCUUCUCAGAAAUCAAAUGUUCCAACUUUGCUGUCGCUGCCGCUGCGGAAUUUGACAAGGCGCCUGAUUUUACAGCUAUAUUUGAAGAGGUUGAGGCUGUAUUUCCCGCUCGUUUCAAGGACUCAUGGGACCUGUGUGUCCUUUCAAGUUUGACAAGCGGCAGGUAUCCAUCGACAGCCGCUCCGGCUCUCUACCAUCGCUUGUUGGCUAGUCGAGCCAGUCAGUUCUCCUCGAGGGGGCAACGUGCAACCCUGCGCAAGCGGCUCCACGAACGACUUUUUCAUCUGGUCUCAAUUUCGGGCGCCCCCAAGGCUCUUGACGCAAGUCUAGCGUUGAAAAAUGCAGUUGCCACUGAAGACGGGGAUGCCUGCCUUGGUCGCUCGGAUUGGUCGCCUGAUAACGCGCGCAGUCGUGCAAACGCCUGGCUGGGAAAGUUAUACAAGAAUGAUGUCCCCAUGUUCCAGUCACUUAUUGAUCCGGACUUCUGGCUGUUGAUUUUAGACGUGGUAUAUGGGUUACACAUCUCCAAUCACCGCGAGAUCAGUGAUAUUGAGAGCGAAAUGAUUGUUGCCAGUAGCCUUAUAACGCAGGGCAUGCCGCGGGAAAGCCUGUGGCACCUGCGAGCGCUCCGCCGUCUAGGCCUAGAUCAGGAGACGGUCCAAGGAAUCAAGGUUGCGUGGAGGAAUUAA